AUGCCAAACCACUUACUGUAACAUUUCCUCCCUGUAAGCUGUGCUUGGGACAUGGCGAUCCAAUUCGCUCCACUCUCCGUUCCCCUAAAGCGGAGGCUGCAGACAGUUGCGGUCAUUCAGUGGGUUUACUCAUUCCUGGCUCUGGCCCAGACCUGCAUCAUUCUAUACUUCGUCCUGCUCUUCACCCGCUUUUGGAUCAUCAGUGUUGUAUACGGAAUAUGGUGGUUCACAGACUGGGACACACCCAGCCAGGGCGGCAGGAGGAGUCUCAGUCUCCAGAGGAGCGUAGUGUGGAGAUACCUCAGGGAUUAUUUUCCUAUUAAAUUGGUUAAAACAGCGGACCUGGAUCCACGCGAGAACUACAUUUUGGGGUUUCACCCUCAUGGGGUCCUUAUUGCUGGAGGUUUCACCAAUUUCUGCACGGAGGCCACGGGAUUUUCUGACCUGUUCCCAGGAAUUACGCAGCACUUCCUGAUGUUGCCGCUCUGGUUCCGGGUUCCAUUUUUCAGGGACUACAUUAUGAGCGGCGGACUGAUCCCGUCAGACAAAGAGAGCGCCUCCUACUUGCUGAGGAGAAAAACGGGUGGAAAUGCUGUUGUCAUCGCUGUGGGCGGAGCCCCAGAGUCACUGGACGCUCGGCCUGGCGCGUUCAAGUUGUUGCUGAAAAACAGAAAAGGAUUUAUCAAACUCGCCAUACAACACGGAACUUCCUUGGUCCCAGUAUUUUCAUUUGGAGAAAAUGAGCUCUUCGACCAGGUGGACAACCCCAAGGGAUCUUUCCUGAGAACAGUCCAGGAAAAGCUACAGAAGGCCAUGGGUGUCGCUCUUCCGCUCUUCCACGCUCGGGGGGUCUUCCAGUACAGCUUUGGCCUGCUCCCAUACAGAAGGCCCAUUUAUACUGUCGUCGGGAAGCCCAUCAAAGUGGCCGAGAAUCCCAACCCAUCCAGCGAGGAGAUAGACAGGGUGCACCAGAUCUACACUGAGAAGCUCUGCGAAUUAUUCGAGGCGCACAAGAGCCAGUAUAACGUCCCCGCGGAUCAACAUCUGACAUUUAUAUAACUUCUUCCACAGGAAAAUGACUCUCGUUUACACGGUCGGAUAUCUGACGGCGCAGUAAUAAAGCAGUUCUAUGUAUUCAGUA